UUUCAAUAGUUGCAUUCGUCUCUCCAAUACUUUUCACGUUUUCGAAUUGAAAUCCACGUUUUAUCGGAUACUUGCGUGAGCUGAGAGCUGCUGUGGAGCCUCGCCAAUGUUUGCGAUGACUUUAUUCGGGCUUCAGCUCCGUUCGCGAGAUGGUAUCGUUUGGAAACUGGCCAAUCAUAUGCCGCACAGCCAUUAUAUAAGAUGUCUCUGUCCACUGAUGGAUGAUAUUCAGACCAAAGUCAAAGACCAUUUUGCAAGUCACGAGAUUCAGCAUUCGUUCUGUCACAUAUCAGGCAAUAUUCUCUCCAUCCACGGAGUCACUAAGACCACAAGCCAGAGUGGAUGAGUCAAGCGCAUCGACAGGAAGUCGGCCUUCAUCGAUGGAAUCCUCGGACCCUCUCAAAGCGAGUCCCACCCAUAAAACGUCUCGAACCAGUGUCCGCUCUUUUAUGAAAGGCAUAUCGAGACCAAUGAACAGGCAUGCAGACAAGCUGUUGGUUUUGGACUGCAUUGUUGGUCAUUCGGAUAGUUUGUUGGUCUUUGAAGGACAUCUAGGUGCUGGUAACAGUGAAGGUAGUAUUAUGGCAACGUAGUCUUUCGGAAACAGAGUUGAGAUUCGAUGUAAACUUGGAGUUUUUUUGGAUUAUUUGCAUAAGGGUUUUGAUUGAUUCAUUUAAUACGAGACGGAGGCAAUGUCACACGAAU